GGAGAAUGGCGGCAGGCGGGAGCAGGACGCAGAGAGAACUACAUGGAGGAGGCGGGGUGUAGGGCGAGGAAUGUACGCGACUAGCAGUGGCGAAGGCUGGUAUAUCGGCAGCAUGAAGCGGACCCCGACAGCCGAGGAACGAGAGCGCGAAGCUAAGAAACUGAGGCUUCUUGAAGAGCUUGAAGACACUUGGCUUCCUUAUCUGACCCCCAAAGAUGAUGAAUUCUAUCAGCAGUGGCAGCUGAAAUAUCCUAAACUAAUUCUCCGAGAAGCCGCCAGCGUCCCCGAGGAGCUCCAUAAAGAGGUUCAAGAAGCCUUUUUCACGCUGCACAAGCACGGCUGCUUAUUUCGGGACCUGGUGAGGAUCCAAGGCAAAGAUUUGCUCACUCCAGUCUCUCGCAUCCUCAUUGGUAACCCCGGCUGCACCUACAAGUACCUGAACACCAGGCUCUUUACGGUGCCCUGGCCAGUGAAAGGCUCUGACGCAAAGUACCACGAGGCCGAAGUAGCUGCCGCCUGUCAAACCUUCCUCAAGCUCAACGACUACCUGCAGGUAGAGACCAUCCAGGCUUUGGAAGAACUUGCUGCUAAGGAGAAAGCCAAUAUUGAUGCCGUGCCAGUGUGUAUAGGUCCGGAUUUCCCCAGGGUUGGCAUGGGGUCAUCCUUUGACGGACAAGAUGAGAUAGACAUGAAGAACCGAGCAGCCUACAACGUAACUUUGUUGAAUUUCAUGGAUCCCGCGAAAAUGCCAUACCUGAAAGAGGAACCGUAUUUUGGCAUGGGGAAGAUGGCCGUGAGCUGGCAUCACGAUGAAAAUCUGGUGGACAGGUCAGCGGUGGCAGUGUACAGUUAUAGCUGUGAAGGCCCUGACGAGGAAAGUGAGGAUGACCCUCAACUCGAAGGCAGAGAUCCUGAUAUUUGGCACGUUGGUUUUAAGAUCUCAUGGGACAUAGAGACACCUGGUUUGGCGAUACCCCUUCACCAAGGAGACUGCUAUUUUAUGCUUGAUGAUCUCAAUGCCACCCACCAACACUGUGUUUUGGCUGGUUUACCACCUCGAUUUAGUUCCACCCACCGAGUGGCAGAGUGCUCGACGGGGACCUUGGAUUACAUCUUAGAGCGCUGCCAGUCGGCCCUGCAGAAUAUCCGCGAUGAGGCGGACAAUGGUGAAGUCUCUUUGAAAUCCUUGGAGCCAGUGGUUUUGAAACACGGAGAAGAAAUCCACAACGAGGUCGAGUUUGAGUGGCUGAGACAGUUUUGGUUUCAAGGCAAUCGAUACAAAAGGUGCACCGAUUGGUGGUGUCAACCUAUGACUCAGCUGGAAGAGCUGUGGAAGAAGAUGGAAGGCCUGACAAAUGCUGUGCUUCGGGAAGUUAGAAGAGAGGGGACCCCUGUAGAACAAAGGAAUGAGAUCUUGACGGCCAUCCUCGCCACACUCACCGCUCGCCAGAACCUGAGGAGGGAAUGGCACGCCAGGUGCCAGUCCCGAAUUGCCCGAACUCUACCCGCGGAUCAGAAGCCAGAAUGCCGGCCAUAUUGGGAAAAGGAUGAUCCUUCCAUGCCUCUGCCGUUUGAUCUCACAGAUAUCAUUUCCGAACUCAGGAGUCUGCUUCUGGAAGCCAAACCCUAGAGAAAGGGCACAAGUCUUAGGUAGAGGAACAUAGGCUGUUUCUGACUUCUCUCCUCCAACCUUGUCAUGGGCUUAGGCAAGGGGAUUAUGGGUAGACUGGGCCUUGGGAUUGUAGACCCUGGGUCCCAGUUGGAAACAGCUAGGGAAUGGAGCCCAUGAAUAUUAAAAUGUUUAAAAGUGA